UUUAACUGUACCGUUUAUCUGUGUAAAAAAGAAAUGGUAGCAAGACCAGAAAAAUUUCACUGAAUUUUAAUGCGAUCUACCUAUGAAAAGCCGCUUCUUUCUUGACCUCUUACCUGUGUAGGAGCUUUAUGGAGACUUUUAUGCCGUGCUUUGAACUCCGAGCGCAAUAACAAGUUUUGAGUAUGACAGACGGGCUCUAAUGUGAAAAAAGUAAUAAAUUCGAUAGAAAGCUUUACAGGUAUCACUCAGGAUGUUAAAUUCUCCUUUAGUAACAGAGUCCACCAUGUUAUGCCUUAUUGGUGCUAUGCUGGUACCUAUGAAACUCUGCGACGAGCUUCCGGAAUAUACUGUGCACUAUUUCGAUCAACGGGUGGAUCAUUUUGGUUUCCACAAAAGAGACACCUUCCGUCAGAAAUAUCUCAUUUAUGAUAAGGAGUUCGUUGAAAGAGGACCAAUUUUUUUCUAUUGUGGAGGCGAAAUGCAUGUCGAGUUACACGCCAAACAAACGGGCUUAAUGUUUACGUGGGCAAGAGAAUUCAAAGCACUACUGGUGUUCGCUGAGCAUCGAUACUAUGGCGAUUCGAUGCCAUAUGGAGAAACAUCUUUCUAUGGCUCAGAACGUCGAGGUUAUUUAACAACAGAACAGGCAUUAGCGGACUAUGCCACUCUAGCAGCCCACCUCAAAGCAAACCGAACAGGAGCAGCAAAGAGCGAUCUCAUUACAUGGGGCUCUGGCUACUCUGGAAUGCUCGCCGUAUGGAUGCGCGUGAAGUACCCUCACCUAGCAAAGCUGGCGUACGCUUCAAGCGCUCCCAUUGGCUAUUACAGUGGCGAGGUUCCAUGCGGGAAAUUUUUAAAAUCUGUCACAGCAGUAUUUAAGAGUGAAUCGGAAUCUUGCGCUCAGAGCAUACGAAGAAUUUGGAACGUUCUUCAAAGUAUGGCCUCGUCGAGAGAUGGCAUGACGUUUCUUGGAGAGGCCUUCAACACAUGCCAACCUGUAAGAGGAGAUAAUAUAUCAAAUCUCUUUCGAUGGUUGAAAGAGUCUUUCAGGACAAUUUCUAUGCUGGAUUUUCCGUAUGAAACAGAUCUUUUCGGCAAACUACCUGCUUACCCCGUAAAGGAGGCAUGCAAUUACCUGUGGAAUCAUCAGCAAACUGAACGGGACCUCAUGAGAGCAACUUAUAAAGCCGUAUCUGUCCUUUAUAACCAUACGGGAGAGGUAGUUUGUUAUUCGCUGGACAAUACGCUUAGAAAUAACGCCGGGUGGGGUUUUCAGGCUUGCACAGAGCUCAUCAUGCCUGUGUGCUCUGACGGUAUGGAAGACAUGUUCAAUCCUAAAGCAUGGGAUCUCAAGCGAGUACAGCGUAAAUGCAUGAAUAAAUUUGGCGUUUGGCCUGAUCCACAACGUCUGAAAACCAUUUUCGGGGGAGCGUCAGGAUUGAACAACGUUGAAAACAUCGUUGUUACUAAUAACCAACGUGACCCAUGGUUUGACGGCGGCAUCUUAACCGGCAGUGAAGGCGUUACUGUAAUUUCAAUUCGGAAUGGAGCACACGGCCACGAUAUGCGCACACCUCACGAUAAAGAUCCUAUAUCGGUAACCUGGGCUCGUAGUCGUGUACGAGCUGUUUUGCGACGAUCAAUUUCGCCUUUCCUCAACUACGUUCUUGGAUGAGUCAUGAUCCGGACAUCAAUCAGUGUUGACAAAAUUAUUUGCGCCUAUUGUAGCUGUGAAAUUUUUCGCUGGAAUAACAAUUAAUUAUAAAGUGAUAGCUAUCAGGAAGUGAAAAUCUUCUCUCGUUAAUCAGAAUGUUUUUUCAAAAUAUUGACUUUUGUACUGUAAAAUGGUCGCUAGAGACAGAACGCAUUUCAGAUAAACAAAAGUUUAUCACAAACAGUGCUACAAAAUUGCCUCACGAUUGUUGAAUAAACAUGUUGUGAAAUAAACUUAAGUGUUACCUAUAUAUAACUAAAAUUAUAACUUAAUCUCCGCUUAUGAGCUUGUAACGUUCACGUUCUUUUCUCGCCAGAACCAAGCAAAAUCUACACUUAACCCUGCACGUACAAGCAUAAAUACAUUAAUGAGCUCAAUACGAAACUUUAGAAAAUCUAUGUACCUUAAAACCAGUCGACCCUUGAAGCUAUAGUACCGCAUGAUCUCCAAAGAAUUGGUUUAUUCUCAGUUGGAGUCGUGUUUGAUUAUUUAUACGA